AUGGCGGCGCUCUUGUGGGCCUUGGCGCUCCUGGCGAUCACCUCGCCCGCGCCAUCGGUCCGGGCAGCGCCCAAGUCCUUUCAAACGCCGAAUCACUUUCGAAGGGACGCCACCCAAAGAGGUGCAGAUUUUUAUUCCGAGACUCAGAGACAAGAUGGGAGUAGAAGACUGCUGCAGGAUCACUGCAUAAAAAUAAUAGGAGUAAGUCAAAUGCAUUCCCAAAUACUUCUUGCUGCAAGUACCAGUGACGGCUGCAGCCAUCCUUUUCAGCGUGGCAGCCCAUCUCGAGAUGCUGAGCACAGCAAGGGGAAUUCAGCAUUUGUCCAUGCGGUGGACAGUGUUGCAGUUGCUGCCAGCUGGCAGCUACAUGUAUAUACGAGGCAUAUACAACUCGUCCUGUUGUGA